AUGUCAUUUCAGAUUACCCCAACUCGAGAUUUGAAAGUUAUUACAGAUGAGUUACAAACACUUUCCUCAUACAUCUUUCACACAAACAUAGUCGAUGAUUUGAACUCUUUACUUACAUGGAUGAGCCCUAAUGAUGCCAAGAGUAACCAUCAACUACGUCCUCCAAGCCUUCGUAUUAAGAAUAUCAUUAAGGUUCUCUUCCCUAAUAACGCAACCACAUCGCCAUAUAGCAUGAUAAACACUAGUCAGGCAAACAAUUCAAUAGUUAAUGAGGGAAAUACAAACAAAGAGUUACAACUACAACUUUUUUCCACGCUCAAAGAGUUUUAUAUUUUCCAGGUUCGUUAUCAUUUUUUCUUACAUUUUAACAACAUUAAUUAUCUAAAAGAUAUCCAACGAUGGGAAAAUUAUUACGAGUUUCCUUUACGUUACGUUCCUAUUUUUGACGUAAAUGUAAACGACUGGGCACUUGAACUUAAUUCUUUAAGACAUUAUCUGUUGAAUAGAAAUAUAAAGUUCAAAAAUAAUUUAAGAACAAGAUUAGACAAAUUAAUAAUGGAUGAUGAUUUCGACCUGGCAGACAAUUUAAUCCAAUGGCUCAAAUCUGCUAAUGGUUCCUUAUCCUCUACGGAAUUGAUAGUCAAUGCUCUUUACAGCAAAAUCAAUAAAUUUUGUGAAGAUAACAUGAGUAGAGUAUGGAAUAAAAGGUUUAUGAUUAUGGAAACAUUCAACAAAUUUAUUAAUCAAUAUUGGUCUCAGUUCUCUAAAUUAGUCGGUUGUCCAGAGGAUGAUCACGAACUGACCACUACAGUUUUCAACUGUUUUGAGUCCAAUUUUCUUAGGAUAAGAACGAAUGAAAUCUUUGAUAUAUGCGUUUUGGCUUAUCCUGAUUCAAAGGUUACUUUAUUGGAAUUGAGGAAAAUUAUGAAAGAUUUUAAAGACUACACAAAUAUUGUAACAACUUUUUUGUCUGAUUUCAAGAAAUACAUUCUAAACCCCAGCGUAACUACGGUGGACGCUUUGUUGAGAUAUGUUAAAACUAUCAAAGCAUUUUUGGUCCUGGAUCCAACAGGGAGAUGCCUACAUUCAAUAACCACGUUUGUUAAACCUUACUUUCAGGAGCGGAAGCACUUAGUAAAUGUAUUGUUAUACGCAAUGUUGGACUUACCUGAAGAAGAACUAAAGGAGAAAAUUAAUUUCAAUGUAGAUAUGAAGGCACUGCUCUCACUUGUAGACACUUUGCACGAUUCUGAUAUCAAUCAAGAUACGAACAUCACCAAAAGGGACAAGAAUAAAAAAAGCCCCUUUCUAUGGAACCUCAAGGUGAAAGGAAAGAGGGAAUUGAACAAGGACCUACCAAUAAGACACGCCAUGCUAUACGAACAUAUACUCAAUUAUUAUAUAGCUUGGGUACCAGAGCCUAAUGACAUGAUUCCCGGUAACAUCAAAUCAAGUUAUAUUAAGACAAAUUUGUUUGAGGUGCUUUUGGAUCUAUUUGAAUCAAGAGAAUUUUUCAUAUCAGAAUUUCGAAAUCUCUUAACCGACAGAUUAUUCACUUUGAAAUUUUAUACGUUGGAUGAAAAAUGGACCCGAUGUUUGAAAUUAAUAAGAGAAAAAAUAGUCAAAUUCACAGAAACAAGUCAUUCCAAUUAUAUAACAAACGGUAUAUUAGGACUCCUAGAAACAACAGCCCCUGCAGCAGAUGCAGACCAGUCGAAUUUGAAUAGCAUUGAUGUUAUGCUUUGGGAUAUAAAAUGUAGCGAGGAGCUCUGCCGUAAAAUGCAUGAAGUAGCCGGACUGGAUCCCAUAAUAUUUCCAAAAUUUAUCUCACUCCUCUACUGGAAGUACAACUGCGAUACACAAGGUUCUAAUGAUCUUGCAUUUCAUUUACCAAUAGAUUUAGAAAGGGAGCUACAGAAGUAUUCUGAUAUAUACUCACAGCUGAAACCUGGGCGCAAGUUACAACUAUGCAAAGAUAAAGGAAAAGUAGAAAUACAAUUAGCUUUCAAAGAUGGUAGGAAAUUAGUGUUAGACGUUUCUUUAGAACAAUGCAGCGUAAUAAAUCAGUUUGAUUCUCCAAAUGAUGAGCCAAUUUGUUUAUCACUAGAGCAGCUUUCUGAGUCACUAAAUAUUGCUCCUCCCAGGCUAACUCAUUUGUUAGAUUUCUGGAUUCAAAAAGGUGUGCUUUUAAAAGAAAAUGGAACCUAUUCCGUUAUUGAACAUAGCGAGAUGGAUUUUGAUCAAGCACAAAAGACCGCCCCAAUGGAGAUUGAGAACAGUAACUAUGAACUACAUAACGAUUCUGAGAUAGAAAGAAAAUAUGAAUUGACACUUCAAAGAAGUCUGCCAUUCAUCGAAGGAAUGCUGACUAAUUUAGGCGCAAUGAAACUUCAUAAGAUCCAUUCUUUUUUGAAAAUUACCGUGCCAAAAGAUUGGGGAUAUAACCGAAUUACUCUUCAACAAUUAGAGGGAUAUUUAAACACUCUGGCCGAUGAGGGUAGGCUGAAGUACAUUGCCAAUGGUUCAUAUGAAAUAGUGAAAAAUGGGCAUAAAAACUCAUGA